AUGUUUGAACUACGUCAAAACAUCAGAUCCCUCACCUCUCCUACUAAUGCCUUCGCGAUCGCCGUCACGAGGUCGAUCGCCUACAAGGUCGCACACGCCAACUUCCAUACAACGAGCACCCUCCCCACCCUUCAAUCGUUCACAUUCGCCGCGUCGAUCCCCUUCACCACGUUCGCGCUCCCGUUCGCGUUCGAGGUCCGGAACCAGGUCGUACUCUCGGUCGCCUCCACCACGCGAUGGACGCGAUGGACGCAAUGGACACGGUCGGGCGAGAAGCCAGAGCCGGAGCACGUCGCGGAGCAGGAGCAGGAGUCCAAGUCGCGUAGAGACAACCGACGGAUGCAGAGCUCCAAGAUUGUGGUGGAAAAACUUACUAGAAACGUGACCGAGGCUCAUUUACGCGAGAUCUUUGGCUCCUACGGUCGCAUUGAGUCGAUCGAUCUCCCUCUCAACAAACAAUUCAUGACAAAUCGCGGCACCGCCUACAUUCUUUAUGAUCACCCUUCCGGCUCCGAAUCUGCAAUUGCCCACAUGCAUGAGGCCCAGCUAGACGGUGUCAUCAUUUCCCACGAUCCGCCCGAUACGGUCCACUGCCUUCCCGGUACGGCCCACCACCAAGAGGGCCACCGCCACCAAGAUAUCGAAGCCCUCCACCUAGGCGAGGCGGGUAUGGUGGAGGAAGGCGAGGAGGAGCAGAAGACGACACGUACGUUCCCCGUGAUGCAUACUCCAGGUCUCCUUCACCGCCUAGGAGGCGUCGGCGGUCACCAUCAUACUCCAGAUCCUCAUCUCGGACACCGCCUCGAAGACGUGGUCCACCAGGUCGAAGUCCACCACGGCGCAGAAGACGCAGCCCAAGUUACAGCUCUCGGAGCAGCUACAGUCACAGCAGGAGCAGGAGCAGGAGUCGGUCAAGGAGCAGACCAAGAUAUGGGGGAAGAAGAUGAACUCGCUGGAUGA